AUGUUUCUCUUCGGACUUUAUUUGCUGUAUGCACCUGAUUUUAAAGGUGGUCCACCGAGUGACCAAAUGUCAUCUUCGGGCUUGUUACGUCGCUGCAUCUCCAAUACACACCGAGACGUGCGGUACGUUAAAGGAGGAACGUGUAUUACGGCAGAUCAACGACUACAUGCGCUGGAAGAUCUUGUAUAUUCCCUAAAAGUGAUGCUGGAGAACGCAAAUGUGGUGUACUGGAUCGACAGCGGUACCUUACUGGGCGUCUAUAGGGCACAGCAGCUUGUGCCAUGGGAUUACAACGCUGAUUUUGGGAUCACUAUGUCUGGUUUGGAGUAUUUACGCACCACAAGUGAUGAUGUGAUAGAGAUGCCAGACGGCUACGAGCUUACAGUUUUUAAUAGCUCACUGUAUAGGGCUGGAACCACUUCGUCUGGAGUGCCUGCGAGGUUCGUAGACACCGAAUUCGGGUUUUAUGCCAAUAUUUUCGCGUUUGAGAAUUUUAAGGGGUUAUUUAAGGAUGAUGUAAGACCAGCGACGGCACCUUUGAUUCAGGAAGUGGAGGUCGGAAACGGAGUUGUUGUUGAGAGCCUCAUGGGACCGACACCAUCCGAAUUCUGGCAUCGAUGUGUGCACUGCCCGAAUGUGGAAAUGGAGGAAGAAGAAGAUGAAGAUAGUGAUAUGACGACGACAUCAAAUGCAACGGUAGUGAAGCAUUUCAGAGUGCCACAAGACUGGAUAUUUCCACUCAGAACUUGCAGACUGGAGCUAUUCGAAGUCAUGUGCCCAGCGCAAAUGGCUCCAUAUCUGAUGUUUAUCUUUGGAAAUAGGUUUUUGACUCCGGAGAUAUGGGAGUAG